AUGGAACCACAAACCCUGCAACCAACCGAGGAUGGAGGAAGCAAUAAAGCAGUCGAGAGUAGUGCUAAUAUGCUUCCCAGGUGGAGCGGUACCAGGUGGACUCCUACUACAGAUCAGAUAAGAAUCCUCAAGGAGCUUUACUACGACAAGGGAGUUAAGUCCCCAACUGCAGAGCAUAUUCAGAGGAUCUGUCUCCAGCUGAACCAGUAUGGAAAGGUUGAGGGCAAGAACGUCUUUUUUUGGUUCCAGAAUCUCAAGGCUCGGGAGAGGCAGCAGAAGAGGUUGACUUCAGAUGUUCAUGUGCCCAUGCAAAGAUCAGGGCUUGCUGGUGGAUCCAUAAAUCUUAAUUUUGGGUCAACUAGUUCUACUGGUAUUGAUGGAUCCAUUGAUCUUAAUUUUGGGUCAACUAGUUCUACUGGUGUUGGUGGAUCCAUUGAUCUCAAUGUUGACCCAUAUUCUUCCUCAUCCUUCAGUAGUAGUACUAAAGAUCACCAGGAGAUUGAAACCCUUCCACUGUUUCCCAUGCACGGUGAGGACAUCUUUGGCAACAUGAAGACUACUUCCGAGGGAGGUAGCGGCUAUGGCUACCACUUCAGUGGCUGGGGCGGCUACAACGAUGGCUCUCGCAAUUCCCUUGAGCUCAGCCUCGACUGCUCUGGUGCUGCUGACGGCUAUGGCUACAACUCCGAUGGCUGGGGUGGCUACAACGGUGGCUCUCGCAUUUUCCUUCAGCUCAGCCUUAACUGCUCCGGAGCUGCUGACUUAGCUUAG